UGGAAACCCGACCUCCACGUGGUUGGUUGUUUACGUCUUCCAGGAACGGGCCGCAGCGGAACAGCGCUGAUUGGGAAACUUCAUUCCUGGAUACAAUUUCAUUGCAGCAAGUUUGGACGGCUGGAAAAUAUAUCCGCUGCCUCAUCCACAAAGAGGUGCUGGAAAAAAGCACUGACUCCUGUUUUCAACCUUCUCUGUAUUUAUUAAUAUCCACAAGAAGAAUGUUUCAGCUUGGAAGCCAGCUGGCCCAGUUUCACUUCUCCACAGGACCCAGUACUGCUAUUGCAGGUGCCGAAGGAGACAGUAGACAGCCUACCCUAACAGUACAGGACUUUAUCCAACAUGUCAGGAAACUUGGCGGACUGAAAAAAGAGAACAUUUUCUGCGACCUACGAGUUCCGACCCAGUUUCAAACCACCAAGGCAGACGACAUCGACCUCGUCAUCCUCACAGGUCACGGGGUGUUCUGCAUCGACGUGAAGCCCUGGAGAGGAACGGUGUCUUCCCAGCGGCAGCAAUGGCACGUCCAGUUCAAAGAACAGCACCACAACUUUACCAACACCUCCAUAGAACAGGUGGCUGACCCCCUUGAGGCCGUCAUGACCAAGACAACUAACCUGUGGCAGUACCUGAGGAGGAGCGGCCUGUCGGUGCGUCAGGAGCUCUUCCUUCCCAGGCUAGUCUUCCUCGCCCCAGACUGCCAGCUGGAUGAAGAGUUGAGGAAGAGGAGGGAGCUGGUCUCCCACAGUCAAAUAGAUGAGUUCCUCCACUCCUUCAGAGAGGGCUAUGUAGCCUGGAUAUCAGACGCCCUGACUCCUGCCUGGCUGUCUGGUCACCUGUCAUACCGUCAGAUAGGGGAGCUGAAACAAGUGGUGAGGAAAAUGGGGACCUGGGACCUGGUCAGACUACAGGGAGGAGAGCAGCUCAAGGGAGACUUCCGGAGCUGUCCUUACAUCGCUCUGAACCGCCAGGAGACUGACACCAUGGAGUUCUUUAAGAUCAAAACCCUGUCUGCUAAUUCGCUGUGGGCUCUGCUGGGACACGCCCCUCAGGUGACAGUGAAGAUGUAUAAACGUGGAGCUCCAGGCUGGCUGGGGAAGCCCCUGACGUCCACCAGCACCAUCCCCCACAACACACAGGUCAUCUUCCGGAUCAACGGAGAGGAAACGGACGCCAGGAUCCCCGCUAACACCAUCCAAAGCAUCACACUCAGCAUAUGACUCUUUUUACCCUUGGUUACGGCCCAAAUGUCACCCUAUAUAGGACACUACUUUUAGUGUCACCCUAUAUAGUACACUACUUUUAGUGCGCUGGUAUAUGGACUAGGGUGCCACUUUGGGAUCCAUCACAGACAGUGGAUCUGUAUGAGAAACUAGCCUGUUCUCCACGGUCUGCAGGUUUUAGGUGUGUGUGUGUGUGCAGUUUUCUAAACUACCAGGUUAGGUAUCUGUUGAAUCAGACUCUAUUUAAACUAGUUUUUUGGCCCUUAAGACCAGAAGGGCAAAGGGAUUGUUGGUAACUGAAGGACCCUGUAGUCCGGCUUCAGGGACCUCCUCCUAUACUAGUUAUCUCACAACAAUAACAAUAUAUACCUGCUGUUUUUAAUUAUGUAUAUGAGUACCUUUUUAUCACAUGGAUCACUUAGUUGUGGUCCACAGCCUCCUGCAGGCCACCAAACAUCCCUUACCCACAGCCUCCUGCAGGCCACCAAACAUCCCUCAACCACAGCCUCCUGCAGGCCACCAAACAUCCCUUACCCACAGCCUCCUGCAGGCCACCAAACAUCCCUUACCCACAGCCUCCUGCAGGCCACCAAACAUCCCUUACCUGCAGGCCACCAAACAUCCCUUACCCACAGCCUCCUGCAGGCCACCAAACAUCCCUCCACCACAGCCUCCUGCAGGCCACCAAACAUCCCUUAUCCACAGCAUCCUGCAGGCCACCAAACAUCCCUCAACCACAGCUCCACUUGUCACCCUGUAGUCAAACCAUUGUUAUGCUGAAAAUCUGUUUCAUAAUCAGCACUUAGCCUAAUGUAAACUUCCCCUGUUCACAGACCGACUCGCCUUGUUCCAUCCGCGGUGGCCUGUCAUACUCAACGACAAUAUUAUGUUAAUGGAGAUGGUUCAGAACAAUUAGCCUGAUUAAACUUACUCUUGUUUUGAAUGAUAAUUCUAGUGUCUGGCCCCUGCCAUGAACGUAGACGUUAACUAGCCGUUAUGUCAGUUGGUUUGAUUGUGUCACCCACUACAUGGUUCAGCUGCGGAGUGUGUACCUGACGUACUAAUUGUUACAGUUUAAAAACCGCUGUCCCUUUUAGUGUUAAUGAGGGCUGGGGAAGGUACCUGUAUUACUGACUGGCCCCUUAGUGUUAAUGAGGGCUGGGGAAGGUGCCUGUAUUACUGACUGGCCCCUUAGUGUUAAUGAGGGCUGGGGAAGGUGCCUGUAUUACUGACUGGCCCCUUGGUGUUAAUGAGGGCUGGGGAGGGUACCUGUAUUACUGACUGGCCCCUUAGUGUUAAUGAGGGCUGGGGAAGGUACCUGUAUUACUGACUGGCCCCUUGGUGUUAAUGAGGGCUGGGGAAGGUACCUGUGUUACUGACUGGCCCCUUAGUGUUAAUGAGGGCUGGGGAAGGUACCUGUAUUACUGACUGGCCCCUUAGUGUUACCUGUAUUACUGACUGGCCCCUUAGUGUUAAUGAGGGCUGGGGAAGGUACCUGUAUUACUGACUGGCCCCUUAGUGUUAAUGAGGGCUGGGGAAGGUACCUGUGUUACUGACUGGCCCCUUAGUGUUAAUGGGGGUUGGGGAAGGUACCUGUAUUACUGACUGGCCCCUUAGUGUUACCUGUAUUACUGACUGGCCCCUUAGUGUUAAUGAGGGCUGGGGAAGGUACCUGUAUUACUGACUGGCCCCUUAGUGUUAAUGAGGGCUGACGUUUUUUUUGGGGGGGGGGGGCUAAUAUGCUCUUCUCUCAAGAGGAUCUUCAAGAGCUCACGUGUUCAGACCCAAACCUGUGUUCAAAUACUAUUUUUUUAAAUAAUUUUCAGCACUUUAGCUGUGCUUGAUUUGAGCUUGCCUGUUUCAAUAGAAAAGUCCCACAAGUACAAACCUGGCACCCCAGGCAGGCUUAAGCAAACGCUUGAAGUAUUUGAAAGAUUUUCAAAUACUAUUUGAACCCAGUUCUGGCUCAACCAGGCUUGCCCAGUACCAUUUUAAUUCCUAGCUUUUAGUGGCACGACCUGUCACUCCACUGCUUUGCUAACAGCUAGCAAUUGUAUUUACUGUGUCUGGUGUUGGGCCUAAAUAAUGUUAUUUCUACCAGGAUAUCAGUGCCUUGAGCUAAUUCAGGAGGGAAAUCUCUGUGGCAUCUCGCUGACUAGCAUCUCUCUCUACCUGAAACGACACCAUACUCCACUCCAGCUCCUCACUUUCCCAAAGGUCUGUUUUUCUACAUGUGCCUGGGGGUUAGGAUGUUUGUUGGGUGUGGGAGCACUGAGCAGCACUACCCCCAUAUAUAUAUAAUACCUACUCUCUAUUCUCAGUGAAACCGUGGUUGCCUUGGGGGAGCCAUUUUUCCAAGACGUUUUUCAUGGUUUGUGUGUUGUUUUAUACCUAUCGGGUGUGCAUUCAGAAUGGAUGUGUUUUAAUAUGUAACUAUACCUACGGCGUACUUUCUGAAUGUGUCGUUGGGCUUUGAUAUAUGUUCUCCUACUCGGCCGACUCAAUGGCGCGUUCUCAGGAAAAUGUAUCUUUUUGAGACCCUAUCCUCCAACUAGUUUUACAAAGACAGUAGACCUGCUGUGGGACUCUAAAAGGAGAUCUACAGUAGACCUGCUGUGGGACUCUAAAAGGAGAUCUACAGUAGGUUUGCUGUGGGACUCUAAAAGGAGAUCUACAGUAGGUUUGCUGUGGGACUCUAAAAGGAGAUCUACAGUAGGUUUGCUGUGGGACUCUAAAAGGAGAUCUACAGUAGACCUGCUGUGGGACUCUAAAAGGAGAUCUACAGUAGACCUGCUGUGGGACUCUAAAAGGAGAUCUACUGUAGACCUGCUGUGGGACUCUAAAAGGAGAUCUACAGUAGACCUGCUGUGGGACUCUAAAAGGAGAUCUACAGUAGACCUGCUGUGGGACUCUAAAAGGAGAUCUACAGUAGACCUGCUGUGGGACUCUAAAAGGAGAUCUACAGUAGGUUUGCUGUGGGACUCUAAAAGGAGAUCUACUGUAGGUUUGCUGUGGGACUCUAAAAGGAGAUCUACAGUAGGUUUGCUGUGGGACUCUAAAAGGAGAUCUACAGUAGGUUUGCUGUGGGACUCUAAAAGGAGAUCUACAGUAGACCUGCUGUGGGACUCUAAAAGGAGAUCUACUGUAGACCUGCUGUGGGACUCUAAAAGGAGAUCUACUGUAGACCUGCUGUGGGACUCUAAAAGGAGAUCUACAGUAGACCUGCUGUGGGACUCUAAAAGGAGAUCUACAGUAGACCUGCUGUGGGACUCUAAAAGGAGAUCUACAGUAGACCUGCUGUGGGACUCUAAAAGGAGAUCUACAGUAGACCUGCUGUGGGACUCUAAAAGGAGAUCUACAGUAGACCUGCUGUGGGACUCUAAAAGGAGAUCUACAGUAGACCUGCUGUGGGACUCUAAAAGGAGAUCUACAGUAGACCUGCUGUGGGACUCUAAAAGGAGAUCUACAGUAGACCUGCUGUGGGACUCUAA